AUGCGACCAGAGGGGCCGAGAGACGACUACGCUGGUCCCGAUGUUGGACCCGAGUCACCAUUUCCCAUUCGCAUGUCUGGGCCAGUGAUCAAGGGAUUUGGAAGAGGGAGCAAAGAGCUUGGUAUCCCAACCGCAAACAUCCCCGCCGAUACGUUAUCAGAGUAUCCAGACCUUCAACUAGGCGUAUACUAUGGCGUUGCGGCCCUUGAUCCAGCGCAGUUCAAGCACACCCGUACAGAAGAUGACGCUCCUUUAGACCAGCCGGGAAAGCCAGACACGACCAUCUUCCCAUGUGUAUUGAGCAUUGGCUAUAACCCGUUCUAUAAAAACACCGUCCGCUCCGUGGAAAUCCACAUUCUACCCCAUUUAUCAAUGCAAUCAUCGCCAUCUCCUGGUCCAUCAACCCCUGUAGUAUCUGCAGAGACCCCCGCUCAGCCGGAACAUCGCCCACACUUCCACCAUUUCCCGGACUUCUACGGAACUCCCCUUAACUUACUUAUCCUCGGUUAUAUUCGACCCGAAUAUGACUAUGUUAGUCGCGAGGCGUUGAUUGAUGAUAUUCGUAUCGACUGCGAUGUUGCGAGACGUAGUUUAAAGCGCAGCGCAUAUGCUGUCUUUUUGAACGACGAGGUUGCUGAUGGUGCUGGCAAUGAGAAAGCCAACGCGGCUAGAGAGUGGUUGAGGAAAUUCUAG